UCGAAGUGUCUAGUUGCUGUGAGACCGGUAUUUGAAGUGAAGCUCUGUUGCUGAUCGGUCACCGAUUGAAGAGUGUUGUAGCUUUAAUAGUACUCUUUUUUAUAAAUCGAACUGGUUUGUAUUUGCCAGAAUGCGAGUCAUUUCAACUAUUUUAGUAUCUUGCCUUUUGGUCUUAUCUGCCAACGCAGACUCUGUUGUAGACCUUGUUGAUGAUGACUUCGAUUCAAAACUCGCAACUUUUGAUACCGCUUUGGUCAUGUUUUACGCCCCUUGGUGUGGCCAUUGUAAGCGUCUGAAGCCAGAGUUUGAAAAAGCUGCCUCUAUGCUCAAGAGUAAUGAUCCUCCAAUUACCCUUGCAAAGGUUGACUGCACAGAAGGUGGCAAGAGCACUUGUAACAGGUUUAGUGUACAAGGUUAUCCCACCAUUAAGAUCUUCAAGAAUGGUGAGGUAUCCAGUGACUACAAUGGUCCUAGAGAGUCAGCCGGUAUUGCCAAGUUCAUGAGAGCCCAAGUUGGCCCAUCUGCUAAGGAAUUGUUGAAUGUCAAAGCUGCUGAAGAGUUUUUGGCAAAGGAAGAUGUAUCAGUUGUUGGUUUCUUUGCUGAUGAGAGCAGUGGACUAAAGACUGUGUAUAUGAAGCUGGCUGACAAACUCAGAGAAUCGGUCCGAUUUGCUGUAUCAAGCAACAAGGAUGUUGUUGAAAAAUAUGGUUACUCAGAUAAUAUUGUUCUCUUCCGACCAAAGCAUCUGCAUAACAAGUUUGAGCCUAACUUCAUUGUCUAUGAGGGAGCUGCCACUAAAGAAGCCAUCAACACAUUUGUGGAGAAGAACUUUUUCGGUCUGGUUGGUCACCGCAGCGUGGAUAAUGCAGCCCAGUUUAAAGAUCCAAUUGUUAUUGCAUAUUUUGGAGUUGACUAUGUCAAAAACCCAAAAGGAACCAACUAUUGGCGCAACCGUAUCCUGAAGGUUGCUCAGUCCUUCACCGAUUCUUUCACUUUUGCCAUCAGCAACAAAGAUGACUUCCAACAAGAGUUGAACGAAUUUGGUUUGGAGUACAUCAACGACGACAAACCCCGUGUUGCUGUUCGUGAUGCUUCCGGCAGAAAGUUCACCAUGAAAGACGCAUUCUCGAUCGAAUCCUUCCAGACAUUUUUGAAUGACGUUAAAGAAGGGAAAUUGGAGCCUUACAUGAAAUCCGAAGCUAUUCCAGACAACAGCACUCCAUUGAAGACUGCUGUUGCUAAGAACUUCAAUGAAGUAGUUGUUGAAAAUGGAAAAGACACCUUGAUCGAAUUCUACGCCCCCUGGUGCGGUCACUGCAAGAAACUAGGCCCCGUUUUCGAAGAGGUCGCUAAUGCGCUGAAAGAUGAAGAUGUGGCAAUUGUCAAGAUGGACGCAACUGCCAAUGACGUGCCCAGCAAAUUUGAAGUUCGAGGCUUCCCUACUCUCUACUGGUUGGCCAAGGAUGACAAAGACAAUCAUGUCCGAUACGAGGGUGGUCGCGAAACGGAUGACUUCAUCAAAUAUAUCGCUAAACAUGCCACCAAAGAAUUGAGGGGAUGGGAUCGUUCUGGAGCACCUAAGGAUUUGAAGGAGUUGUAAUAAUCGCGAGUUUCUUCGAGUCCACGUUUUCUCUAAUCUCGUCCCAGCCGUGUUCGACUAGUGUUGGGACAAAUUUCAUUAUUCCCAGUUUCUAUUAUAAAAAAAAUAAAAUCUGUUGAAACAAACACGCAUCUGUGUGUGAACUUGGCUAACUUUGCUGGUACGAGUUAAUGAACGUAUUAUUGCAGCAGUUGUAGGUUUUGUUAAAACCUGCGAUGGGAAUGUGGAAUCUAAUAAAUCAAAUUUGUGAUAA